AUGGGCUUCCUGGAAGAGCAAGAUGGCGACCGUCCAAGCAUUAAAGAUUAUUACAGAGGAAAAACGAUUUUCAUUACUGGCGGAUCUGGAUUCAUGGGAAAAGUGCUGAUAGAGAAACUCCUGUACUCUUGCACAGAUCUAGACAGAAUCUAUGUCUUGCUGAGGAGUAAGAAGGGUGUUAAGCCGGAAGAUCGUCUUGCUGCUCUGUAUGCUUCUGAAUGCUUCACAAGAUUGAGAAGAGACAAACCCGGGGUGUUUGAAUCUAAAGUGUUCUUUAUAGCUGGGGAUUGUAGUGCAAUUGGUUUGGGUAUGUCCGAGGAAGAUAGAACGCUAAUAGUUAAUAAAACUAACAUAAUUUUCCACGUCGCUGCUAGUGUACGUUUCGACGAUUCUUUAAAAGUGGCAGCAAGGCUUAACUUAAGAGGCACGAAAGAGGUCGUUGAGCUUGCGAAAGAGAUCCGAAAUUUAGAGGUCUUAGUUCACGUGUCCACGUCAUAUGCGAACACCAAUCGUGAUAGAAUAGACGAAGUGGUCUACCCAGCUCAUGCCGACUGGCGCGACACCCUGGAAGUGUGUGAAAACCUCGAUGAGAACACACUCAAGUGUCUGACACCCAAAUAUCUCGGCGAACUACCAAACACAUAUGUUUUCACAAAACAGCUGGCGGAACACGUAGUGUAUGAAGAGAGGGGAAAACUUCCGAUAAUUAUCAUGAGGCCAUCUAUAGUAAUUUCAUCAAUUCAAGAGCCAGUACCGGGUUGGAUAGAAAAUUUGAACGGACCUGUCGGGAUUCUUAUAGCAAGUGGCAAAGGUAUUCUACGAAGUGUAUAUUCAGACCCGGAUCUGGUGGCGGACUAUAUGCCAGUGGACGUCGCGAUUAAAAUGUUUAUCGUCGGCUCUUGGCUGAGAGGGUCGAAAAAAUUGGAGCCCACAGACGAUGUAGAAGUCUACCACUGUUCCACCAGCCACAUGAAGACAAUGACGAUAGGAGAGAUCAUAGAACACGGAAAGGAGAUCCUGAAGGAAGUACCACUCGAUAACAUGCUGUGGAUCAGCGAUGGUGGCGUCACCAAGUCUAGACUGGAGUAUAAUUUAAAGGUUCUUAUCUUACACCUUCUACCUGCUAUACUAGUUGAUAUCAUAUUACGGAUAGUUGGGAAACAGCCUAUGCUCGUUAAGUUACAGCGACGCAUCUACGUAGCGAAUAUAGCUUUAAACUACUACCUAACGCAGCAAUGGACGUUCCUCAAUAAAAAUAUCCUGGCACUAAGAGAUACGAUUAAGCUGGAGGAUAAAGGGGAAUUCUACUACGAAAUGGAGACAGUAGACAGACUGAAAUACUUCAAGACGAGCUGUAUGGCUGGCAAGGUGUUUAUUUUGAAGGAGAAACUGGAGGAUCUACCGAAGGCUAGAGCCCACUAUGAAAGAAUGGUGAUUUUAGACAAAGCUGUAAAGGUCAUAGCAUACGGUCUUGUCGCGUGGUACAUCUAUAGUCGAGACAUUCUCUUCUCUGCAGUAACGUGGUUAUACAACUUCUUGGUUGGGCUAUAA